UCUCUUUUAGUAUGCGCUGCAAAAGACCAUCGUUCGUUCCAACGUCCGUGUACCAGUCGCUUACCAACAGCUCCUUCGUCAUGGUCUCUCCCUCUUGACUCUCAGCUCGUUUGUCGCUGGCUGGCUCAGUUUAGCUGGUGCCGUUCGUUUCUCUCUCCAAAUAGCUCUCAUUAUUAUUAGUUAGUCCUGUUCGUGUCCGUUGCUGUUAGCUACUGCAAUAAAGAAAGUGCUCCGAACGUGCCGUGAAAGUUUUUCGUCUAUUCGUACUAUUUUUAUCCUUCAGUGUUGUCGUAGUCACAGUCCGUCGUUAAUACGUUUUCUAAUAAGUAAUAAACGUACGAAGAACCGAUGACACACAUAAUCGUAUGAUUUCACGAAAACUACGUACUUUUAGUGUUUAACUAAUUACAUUGGUGUAUCAAGACACAGCUGUGCUCGAUUUCGUGACAAUAUGGCGCCAGAAUUUCGCUCAGUUUCGUAAAAAUUCUCCUCCCGCACACCUUGUGAAACGACCAGUUGCUUAGUUAGUCUUGCUAAUAUGGUCGUGUUGUUCUGUUAACCUUGAGGCCGUUCCACAUUGCCGCUGAGACGAUGAUGUCUCGAAGGAAUAUGUUGUCCAGACUGGAGGACCAUGUCCAGCCUUCCUCCAGCUCCCAGCAGCCCCACGAGGAAGAAGACAUUUGGUACCGCAAGGAGAUCCUCUUCAAGGAGCACAUACAAGAGGUGCUGGAGAAGUGGUCCAAGAUCGAUGACGAAAUUUGGGCGAAAGUGAUCAUUUUCGAAAAGAACCGUCGCAUUGCAAAGGCUUACGCACGCGCUCCAGUUCUUACAGUAAACGGAUCGAACGACGGAUUCGACGGAUUUCGGAUAGGAUUGUGCGGUUUCGACAAUCCAUUUCGAGAUCGGAAAACCGAAGAGAUCAAGUUGCACAUAGGCCAUGGGGUGAAGAUCAAGAUGGACGAAUCGGGCAACAUUCUCAUCAAGCGUCUCUCCAGAGGUAACGUCUAUGUCAAAGACACCACCGACGGAGGUGACAACGCCUUAGGAAAAGACAUUGUCGACCUGCCAGGAUGGUCCCUGGAACCUGUCAAACCCUUCAAACUUUUCGAUAUGAAAAAAUUCCACAGUAACGUUAACCAAGAACUCAGAAGUGCAUAUCCCGAUCGUAAGAAGUUGGAGUUUCAGUGUCUCAACGCCGUAACUUUUGUUAAAGACAGUGCCGACGUGUUGGACUGCCCCGUGUGGAUUUUGGUGAUAAAUAUAGUCGCAUUAGAAAUGUUAAAGUCUAAGGUACCGCCGUACUACAAGACGGGAGGUGUCAAACAGAGGCCCCGUUUGCUCAACCCCGACGAAGAUCCUUACAGUAUGAUAGGAAAUGUUAAUUCGUAUGCAAACUUCAGAUUACCAGUCAUGCCGAACGGCAGCAAUUUUGGAGUUCCGAGGGAACCGAGAGAGUUGUACUUCAGGUCCGGUGGUCAAUCGCUGAUGUCGAGACCCAGGCCGACGGACAGACCCCCGAAAUUACCACCAAGGGACAAUAUGUUGCCGUUUAAGAUUCCAGAACCGGACUACGAAGACGUUGACCCUAAAAGCGUCCAGACUUCCGAUGCUAAAAAUAAACAGAAGAAAAAGAACAGCAAGGAGGACAAAUACGAGAAUCCUUACUAUUGCGGGCUCGGCGUCAAGAUACCGAACUUUAUUCUGAAAGCGAAAUCGAAGGAUGUUAAGCAUCAUUAAAACGGG